GUUGAAGUCAGUUAGAAACGUACAUCAGUCGCGAGUGCACGUCGAAUGUAUUACUCACUUUAAUCAAAACAAAGCGCUUUUCGUCUUACUGUCAUACCCUACUUGAUGUCAACAAUCCCAUUUCGUGGCUUUAAUUAAAAUAACUACGGUGUGAACAGAAAUUUAUGCAAGCUUAAAAAAAACUUUCUUUACUGCAAACAAAUUGAGGGAACUUUAAAUAUGAAUAUUUCAAAAAUGGCUUUAGAAACACCAAAAUCGGAUUUAGAUUUCGGUGAUAAGCAAGAAGCUAAGCAACCGAUUGCUUUGAAGAUGGCCAGUAUGACCAGAAGACGUUCCUCAGCAGCAUCUACAUGUUCAUAUAGCUCAGCAUGCUAUACUGGUAGCUCAGAUGAAGAUAAUGUGUCCCCUCGCGAAAAUAGGCAGCGGAACAGCGCAGGUAGCUCAGAUUUUUGUGUUAAAAAUAUAAAGGCACAACAAGCUUUCGGAAGGAGAGAAAUCGAAAUAGCAGAAAAAGAAAUGCCGGGAAUAUUGGCAUUGCGAAAGCGCGCCUCAGAGGAUAAGCCCCUUAAAAAUGCACAGAUUGUAGGUUGCACACAUAUAAAUGCCCAAACAGCUGUGCUUAUUGAAACAUUAGUAGAGUUGGGAGCUUCGGUUCGCUGGGCAGCGUGUAACAUAUACUCUACACAGAAUGCGGUAGCUGCAGCUCUUGCUGAAGUUGGUAUUCCCAUAUUUGCAUGGCGUGGUGAGACUGAAGAAGACUUCUGGUGGUGCCUUGACAAAUGUGUCAAUUUUGAAAAUUGGCAUCCAAAUAUGAUAUUGGAUGAUGGUGGCGAUGCCACUCAUUUAAUGUGGAAGAAAUAUCCAAUUAUUUUCAAGGCGAUUAAGGGCAUUGUCGAAGAGAGUGUGACUGGUGUUCAUAGAUUGUAUCAAUUGGUGAAGACAGGAAAACUAACAGUGCCUGCAAUAAAUGUUAACGAUUCCGUAACAAAAGCAAGGUUCGAUAACUUCUAUAACUCAAAAGAUUCAAUUUUAGACAGCCUGAAGCGAUCAACAGAUAUUAUGUUUGCUGGCAAACAAGUAGUUGUUUGCGGCUAUGGGGAUGUUGGAAAAGGUUGUGCACAAAGUCUUCGAGGACAAGGCUGCAUAGUAUAUGUAACCGAAGUUGAUCCAAUAUGUGCGUUGCAAGCAAGUAUGGAUGGGUUUCGCGUAGUUCGCUUAAAUGAAAUUAUUCGUCAAGUGGACAUUGUUGUUACGGCUACUGGCAACAAGAAUGUGGUUAACCGAGAGCACAUGGAUCGUAUGAAAUCUGGUUGCAUUGUUUGUAAUAUGGGACAUUCUAAUUCCGAGAUCGAUGUGAAUAGUUUGCACUCUGCUGAACUGUCGUGGAUGAGAGUGCGCUCUCAGGUAGACCACGUAAUUUGGCCCGAUGGUCGAACAAUUAUCCUUUUAGCAGAAGGACGUCUUGUUAAUUUGGCUUGUUCGACGGUUCCAUCAUUUGUGGUAUCAGUUACAGCUGCAGCGCAAGCAUUGGCUCUCAUAGAGUUAUUCAAUGCACCGGUUGGUCGUUAUAAAUCUGAUGUCUACCUGUUGCCUAAGAAAAUGGAUGAAUAUGUCGCAAGUUUACAUUUACCCAUACUAGAUGCUCAUUUGACAGAACUUACCGAUGAGCAAGCCAAGUACCUAGGUCUAAAUAAGGCUGGGCCAUUUAAGCCUAACUAUUAUAGAUAUUAAAUAUAAUAAGGCUUUAGUAACAAACUCUUGUUACAUACUAUAUACAUGCACGUAUGUAUAGCUAUGUGAUCAUUAUUGUAUUAUGUGUAUUUUAUAUCUGUAUGAGCCAAAAGCUGAUAUACGUCUGAGUUAUUCUAAUUUGGUUGCAAAAAUAUAACUUCCAUGUUAACAUAGA